CAGCCCGCUUUCCCCAUUCGGCGAGCGGCGACCGAAACAAAGGCAAGCGCAGGCCCCGUUGGACCCGCACCUGCUUCUCCCCUCCCCACUUCCUUCUCCUUCCACUGCAAGCUCGCUCAUCCGCCCCCCAAAUUCCCCAACCCCACAUGCCGGCCGCCGCGCCCUAGCCCCCUCCCGCACCCCACCGCCAUGUCCGAGCCGUCCGCGUCGGCGGCGGUGGACGGGCUCCUCGCGCUGGCGGAGGAGGCCGAGCGCCGGCGCGACUUCUCGGCCGCCGCCUCUUGCCUCGAGUCCGCGCUGCGCCCUCCCCACGCCGCAGCACUCCUCCCACUCGCCGAGGCCCGCGCGCGACUCCGCCUCGCCUCGCUCCUCCUCGACCGCCGCGCCGCCACCGCCGCCAAGGGGCACCUCGAGCGCGCGCUCCUCCUCCUCUCGCCGCUCCCGUCCGCGCCGCCGCGGCUCAAGCUGCUGGCCCACUCCCACCUCGCGGGCGCCUACGCGGUCCUCGGCGCCGUACCGUCGCAGAAGCACGUGCUUCGCCGCGGGCUCGGCCUCCUCGCCUCCGCGUCCGCCUCUGGGCUCCUCCCCCGCGCCCCCGCGCUGCUUUGGACGUGCAACUUCCAGGCGCAGCUCGCGUCCGCGCUCGCCAUCGACGGGGACGCCGCGUCCGCGCUCUCCACCCUGUCCGCGGGGGGAGCCGCCGCCGCGGAGCUCCAGAGCCCCCAGCUCGAGCUCUUCUUCGCCGCCACCGAGCUCCACGUCCACCUCCUCUGCUGGGAGGACAGCGCCGCGGUUGAGGGCGCCGUCGCGCGCGUCACGCAGCUCUGGGACACACUCCCGGCCGAGCAGAAGGAGCACUGGGUUGGGCUGUUCUUCUACACAGAGCUGCUGCGGACCUUCUACCUGUUGAGGAUCUGUGACUACAAGCGCGCCUCACAGCGCGUAGAGCUGCUGGACACAGCUGUGAAGAGAGAGAUGCAGAGAGGCCAGCACAUUAAGGGGCUUGCAAGUGAGCUCACCGCAGUGGAGAGGACUCUAGGUCAGCCUGGGUUGAAAGAGCGGGAGAGGUCGGCACUGGCACACAAGCAGAGGCAGCUGAAGGCUCAGUUGCGGACACUGUGUGGCUAUGACUCAUUGAACGAUGUGCUGGAUUAUGGAGAUAAGUUGCUUUUGGCGCCACCGCCGAUGCAUGGGGAGUGGCUCCCGCGGACUGCGGUGUUUGUGCUUGUAGAUCUCAUGGUCGUCAUGGUGGGUCGUCCUAAAGGGAUAUUUAAGGAAUGUGGGAAGAGAAUAGAUUCAGGACUGCAGCUCAUCCAUGAUGAACUCUUGAAGCUUGGCAUCAUGGAUGGUGUGACAGAGGCAAAUUUGGAACACUCAACAAUAUGGACAGCUGGGCUGUACUUGAUGCUUUUACUUCAAUUUCUGGAAAACAAAGUUGCUGUGGAACUCACAAGAUCAGAAUUUGUUGAAGCACAAGAGGCUUUAGCACAGAUGAAAAACUGGUUUACUCGUUUCCCAACAAUUCUCCAAGGUUGUGAAAGCACCAUUGAAAUGUUAAGGGGACAAUAUGCACAUUCUGUUGGCUGCUUUGAUGAGGCUGCUUUCCACUUCCUUGAAGCAAUGAAGCUGACAGAGAGCAAAUCAAUGCAAUCAAUGUGCCAAGUCUAUGCAGCAGUGUCAUACAUUUGUAAGGGUGACGCAGAAUCUUCUUCACAGGCACUAGAAUUGGUUGGUCCCGCUUAUAGAACAAUGGACUCAUUUGUUGGCGUACGAGAGAAGACUUGUAUCAUUUUUGUUUAUGGACUUUUACUUAUGAGACAGCAUAAUCCACAAGAAGCUCGGAAUCGCCUUGCAAGUGGUUUGAGAAUAGCACACCAACAGUUGGGUAACAUCCAAUUGGUUUCUCAGUAUUUAACAAUACUGGGGACAUUAGCACUUCAGCUACAUGAUGCGGGACAGGCUAGAGAGAUCCUGAAGUCAGCAUUGACCUUGGCAAAGACGCUAUAUGACAUUCCAGCACAGAUGUGGAUCUUGUCAGUAUUUACAGAGUUAUAUCGAGAAUUGGAAGAGAAGGGAAAUGAAAUGGAGAACUCUGAGUAUGAAAGGAAGAAAGAAGAUGAUCUGCAGAGAAGACUUUCUGAAGCUCAUUCUCAUGCUUUUCACCAGGAGCUGGUGGAGAAAUCAAGAAUCCAGAUUCAGCCGCUGCGUGACUUAUCAAGGAACCAGCCGGAGAUGGGUGCCUCAAUGGCGAACACUGAUCUUGACAUCCCAGAAUCGGUGGGGCUCUCGGCUCCUCAGCCUUCAUCUGCCAAAAGGCUGGUCGAGCCAACGAGGCGCAGUGCCAGGAGGAGGCAGUCUUGACAAAUGUUGACCUGACGCCUGGUGUCACCCAUUAAAACGGGGUGCUGUAAUCAUAUAGUGAUCUUGUUGGAUAGGUGUAGUGGAUGACAUCUAACUUGAUGUGUUUUUUAGGCUCUCAUUUGCUGAUUUGUGUUAAUUAUUUGUAUUCGACAAACAUUCUAAUUUCCUCUGUAAACAGAAGAAAGAAAAAGGGAGAGAAAUAUUCAA